UGCUUCGCCUUGAAAGCAGCCCUAUGUUUCACAACGUCAACCAGAAGGGGAGAACGUCAAUGCAAUCAUCUCAAUUUCUCUCCUCAAAGGGAAUAAAACGGUCAACCCUUAUCCUGAAAAAAAACAUGUCAGAAUGCUCUCGCGCUGACAGUGAAAGUUCCGAUGAGUAUUUCGUUCCUAUCGUAGAUCAAAGUCGUGGUUCUUAUGGUAUUCAAAAUGAUCAUUUCGAUCAUUCUUUCAUACCGAUAAGUCCAGGAGAAGGAGGAUCAGAACGGUUGUCUCCUAUUUCACCUCCUCACCAGAUGGCAACUCCUGCCAACCCCCAGUCACCCUUAUCAGAAUGUGAAUCUCACCAGCAUCAACAUCAAUAUCAACAGCAACGUUAUCGAACGAAACAAAAACGCUACCAACAUCAUCGACAUACCAGUGAACUAGCGACUUUUCCGACAGAUCCAAACGCCAAUACUCCUUUUCGCAGUAGCUUGGUGUUCACAGCCCACAAACGCAAAUCGACCUUCUCCUUCGCCGUGACGGCAUUUUGUGUGCUUGGCUUUUGUUUGUAUAGUAGUGCGAGAUCUUCACUACACACUACAGUGAAGGAGGUCGACGAGUUGGUUGUAUUCUCAGAAAAAGUGCACAGGCAGUUGCGCCGAGCAGACUACGAAAUUCGAUUAUUAGAACGCGAACUAACGGCAUUGGAUGCCAUGGAGACUGAAAGAGAGGACGAAGAAGUAGAGGAAAGGGUCCUCAGCCAGUCUUCAGCAUUUGCAAAUCCCGAACUCGUUGACGAAAUGAGGAUUAUUGAAGAAAAACUCAAAGAAUCGCAGGCCCAGGCCGAUAAGCUGAAGACUCAAGUUAGUAUAGUUUCCAAACAGGACGCCGUUGCGAAGUAUGGAUCGGGUGUCAUUCGCGUCAAAAUGGACCUUAUCUUUCCAGAGAAAGAUUCAGAUGGGGAUACCGUCCCUGAUACGGGACCACAUACUAUUAUUAUGGAAAUGGCAUCACUUGAUAUCAUGCCCCAUGCUGUGUUCACUUUUUUGGAAAUGGUUUCUGCUAAGCUACUAGAUGGUUGCUCCUUCAUCUUGAAUGCCUUGCAUGUUUUAAAGGCGGCCCCUCUUCCCUACGACGGUAGUUCGGCUUCCUCUAAAGCACGCGAGUUUAUCGACCACGGCUUGGAGUCGGUUGCGUUUCGCGAGUACUCACAUGAUUACCCUCACGACAAAUAUACCGUUGGCUUCGCCGCUGACGGAAGCCCAAGUUUUUACAUCAAUACUGAAGACAAUAGCCAGAUCCACAUCGGGGAACCUUGCUUUGCUAAAAUCAUAUCCGGAUUCGAUACAGUUCAACGAUUGGAAGGUAUGCCCACACGAAACGGUAUUUGGCUUGAGCAUAGGAUUGGAGUAAGAGAAGUAAGUAUAUUAUAAACGAAGAAUUGGUAUUGAAUUUUCUACAGCUUAAUUUUAAUCUGAGUUGAAAGAUUAUCGAUUCCAAUAAUGUUUUGUUUGGCAA